AUGUCUUCAGACACGCCGUCUCAGGCGCGGCCAAGGCAGCAACAAAUUUCUCCUUCCAUGAGGCCCAUGGCAUCCGCAGAUAACGGCUCGUCGGCGCAGUCAGCAGGGGCGACGGCAGCGCCUGCACCAACCGAUCCGCCGCCAACACCUCCCGGGCCUACACCGAUGGACACGACAGGCGGUCCGACAAAUGAGACCGCUGCAGUCCCAGCUACGGUUGCAAAUGCGGCUGCCGAGGGGAGCGCGCACCAGCAACAACCUGCGUCACAGAGAGCCGACACGAUCAAGAGGAGGAACUCGCCAUCCACUGCUCCUAUGGCACAGAACCCGGCGACCGGUUCUAAGAGGGCCAGGCCAGCGGCACCAGCACCCAAAGUCCUGCCACAAAGAUACGAGCUCUGCUCCGUGGAGGAUAUAGUGAUUCUGAUCGCUCAUAUGCUGGGCGAACUGAUCGAAACCAAUGAUCCUCUGGCCCUUCAGUCCGGCAACUUGACCAGGUUUCAUUCACGGACUGCACCGGGCAUCUCAGUACUGGACUAUCUGAACCGUCUAGCAAGGCAUGCCACUUUAUCCCCGCCGCUGCUCCUUGCAAUGGUGUAUUAUAUCGACCGGCUAUGCGCUCUAUACCCGGACUUCACAAUCAACACACUCACUGUCCACCGCUUCCUUAUCACGGCGGCCACGGUCGCAGCCAAGGGCCUGUCGGACUCCUUCUGGAACAACUCCACCUACGCCAGGGUUGGAGGAGUCAAAUUGGCUGAACUGAGGCUGUUAGAGCUUGAGUUUCUCUACAGGGUGGAUUGGAAGAUAGUUCCAAAUCCAGAGGUUCUAGUGGCUUAUUAUCGCGGACUGGUGGAGCGCGCUCCAGGAUAUGUGCUGGAAGGCGAGGAAGGCCAAGACGACGAGGAGCUAGAGGAUGGUGACGAAGAGGACUCGGACGACAUCGGGGAUGACGACGACCUAAUCACAGAUGAACCACAAACAUCAGCAUCUGGAUCAACAUCGAACAUCGCACAAACGACUUAG